CCCAUCUCGGUUGAAUAGCGGCCCAGCCCUCAGCUCGCUAUUUGCAGAACAAUGCAGGCUUGAUGUGCGCACGCCGCUACCGGGAAAGCGCGGAGGGAAAACGCGCGAAGUCGCCAGUCUCGGCCCGCAAGUGCGACCGGCCGCGCGCCGAAGCACGCACGACGCAAGCGCCCUGGCGCUCGACGCCACGCGCCGCGCUCGCCGCGGCGUUACGUUUUCCGAAUCGACCGCAGACAGCAACUCUGCCACCGUGACAGAUUUUCAGUGUCAAAAGGUGCGCGUUCGCGAGUUUUACAUCGCGAUGCAGCGUUGCCCCUACAUCCACGAGAUGAAGGAGCGGUUGCUUGGAGCUCCCGUGGACGUGGAGAACAAGGAAGUGACACGAGCGCCGCUGGACCGGCCGCUCGACCCUCAAGAAAACCAGGUCGGCACCAUCGUCAAACUGAAUUCCGACGGGUACGGGUCUCACACGUCGCCGGCGCGGGCGCCGCUCGUCACGGACGAGUGUGAAGCGCCGCCGGACGAGACCGAAGCCCUAACACCCACAGACGUGGUGCUUCGGUACCGAGCCUGCUGCCAACCUGAUACUACGCCCAAAAAUGCAAAAACUUCACUGUUUAUCAUCUCGAGUUUCAUUUACGCCAAGCUCUUGGUUGUUGUGUGUAUCGCUUACGUCAUCAGUGAUGUCAUCACACACAACCUCCCCCUCUAUUACUACGAGGGAUUCUUCACCUACCUGUACGGCAUGAGCAUUCUGUUUUUGUUGUACGUCUUCUGCUUUUUACUCCAAGAGAGUGCAUGCUGCAGCGGAAGUCCUCCUAAACCGAAGCCCCCGCCAAAAGAGAAGAAACCUAAGAAGGAAAAGGAAAAGAAAACCAAAGACAAAGAAGCGAAGGAAGGCAAGGAAGGAAAAGAUGGAAAAGAAGGCAAGGAUAAAAAGGAAGGAAAGAAAGAUAACAAGUCUAAAGACAAAGGCAAAGACAAGGAGGAAAAAGAAAAGGCAUCCAAAGAGGCUAAGAAACAAAGUCAAUUCCAGGAGGUGUAUCCCCGUAAGAUGCGUGAUAAAGUUCGUCAACAGCAAUUGCAAUUGCAAAUGGCGCAAUUGUAUGCGUCUGACCAGCAACAACAACAGCAACAACAAGAUAUUGUGGAGCUGGAAGCAGGCCCUGUUGCGAGACCGGUUCGCAGGCGCAAGACUUCUCAGAAUGAUCACAGCCACGGCAGCUUCUUCCUUAGGAUUGGAGCAAUUGCUUUCGGUCUCGGGACUAUGAUUUACAACGGGUUGGAGUUUGGCACCUUCUUCGAAUUGCCUCUAGAGUCGCCCUGCUACUUGAUCUUGAAAGGCGUCAACCCCGUCUUGCAAAUGGUGUUUACAUUCAUGCAAAUGUAUUUCAUUUUCAUGAAUUCUCGGCUGAACAUUCAUCGAUUCAAAGUCAUCGCUCGGUUCGGCCUGAUGCAUGUAGUUGCUACAAACAUUUGCGUUUGGAUUCGUACUUUGGUGCUGGAGUCAUUGAAGGAAAUCACCGAUUACCACGUUAAGAAUCCUCAUGGUUACUCAGGAGAAGGCGUGUUAGGAAAAGUCAUCCGUAAGCACACUCUGAGGCAUUCCGGUAAAGUGUUCGGUGCAGCUACCACAGCCGCUACCUCUAUCGCAUCUACUGUUUUAACCACCGCUAAGACCACUGGAGAGCAACUCAUGAACGUUGUCACCUCCACAGCCGCUCCUACCACUACUCCUACCACAACUACUACCCUCUCAUCAUAUAAUAUCAUGGGUGGUGGGUUACCUAAGUCAAAACUGAUCGAAACUCUUAAGAGUACGGUAGGUUACGACAACGGGAUGGGAUAUGGUCGCGAAUUCAGAGAAUGGCCUAAUGACAAUCCGUUUACUACGACAUCUUUUGCACCACUAACAACGGAGUCCGAUAAAGUGACUCAGACACAGACGGCCAUGCUAGAAGUCUUCCAGUGGCUUCGUACUUCAACUCUGAAACCGAUUCUUAGCGCUAUAUCGACUAUGAUGCCAAGUACGACUUCCGCACCGAUAUUAACUGAUAGAGACGAGUGGGGCAAUAGUGUCGAAACUUAUCGGGUAGAUGAACCGCCACAUUCGCCAGUGACCAACACGUCAGAAAUCUUCGAGUCAUUCGACGGUCUCAAUCCAGCUGCGCUGAUCGCCAAUAUCGAUAAUACUACGGUGUGUGGCCGAAACCCAAUUAUGGGCACUAUCGUAACCGACUCGGCACCUUAUCUGUAUCCCUUCAUCAUUGAAUACUCCCUCAUCGGUGCCGCCGUCAUUUACGUUAUGUGGAAGCAUAUUGGCCGCUACCCCAGCGUGGCCAACGAUGAAGAUCUGGAAAGACGUCUGGAGGCUGUUCUCUCCCGCAGGGCGGCAGCGCUUGCAGCGGCUCAGCGUGGUAACCGUGUCGAUUGUGCCGGUGCCUCUAAGGGUCUCUUCUGUGGACUGCUACUGCUCGUCGCCUCCCUCAUCUGCUUGAUACUCUUCUUCGUCCUGAUAAGACACCAGGAGUUGAAGCGCCUCUCGAUCUAUUUGGCCGAUGUGUCUCACUGUGCUCUGAUGGUUCUCUCUAUACUGGCCAUUCUAAUUGGAUUCAUACGUGGUCGUGUAAUGAAAUGGAGCAAUACUCCUCCCUCCUAUACCGAGCCUCUCCGCAGGGUGCAAUCUCUGAAGUUCCGCUCAGAGGAACAGUCCGACUUGAACGACAUCCUGCUGCGUGUUUCUGCGUUUGGUCUCUUCGUGUACGCCGUGUUCAGCGUCAUCGCUGGUGGAAUGGGAGCCUUCACCCACGAGCCAAACCUUCUCGUCAUGAUUACUGGCUGCUUGAGCGUGCUUCAGGUGGUUCUGCAACUACUCUUCAUCGCUGAUGUUUCUCGCCGCCGUGUUCACCUGCCUGAACAAGAACGCAGCAAGCCCGCCCGUCAGGCCGUCACCUUCCUCCUUAUCUGCAACGUCACCAUGUGGCUCAUCUACACCUUUGAAGCCCAAAAAGUCCUCGCUAACCCGGUUCAACUUGAUUUCUACGGUUUCGUGGCUUGGUCUCUCGUCCAGCGCUUUACUCUGCCACUUUGCAUUUUCCACCGCUUCCACUCAGCUGUCACCCUUGCUGAAAUUUGGAAGACCAGCUACAAAGCGCGCCUGGAGUGAGCAAUUGGAACUAAUUAAAUUGGAGACCUAAGUCCAAUCAACAACAUCCUAAUGCAACUUGGGAUGACAAUUACGGAUUCGUCCUCAUCCGGGACAGCAAUUUUUUGUAGGUAGAACGGAUAAAAUUAUUGCUAGUUUUCAAAAUCAUCUUGCUAUUUCAAGUGUUAGUAUAGGUGUGACGAAUUUAGGAUGGUAAACAUUGCAUUUUACAAUGUAGAAGUGAAUAAGUAAUUGCUCUCCCGGAAAGUAUUGUAGUUGACACGAAGUAAUCACCUGGACCUACCUACCCUAUGGAUCAUCGAUAUGUUGGUUAUUAUUUGCGGUUCUUUCAUACUUCGUUUAUCUUUCACAUUCCAUUCUAUUAUUACAGUUUCAAUAAAAAUUAGGUUUCUUGAAAGACUGACUGUGGAGACUUUAAAGCGACCAAGCAUACAUAUUUUCAGCUCAUUUUUCUUUAAUAGAUACGUGAACAGAUUUGCUCAGAUUUCGGAAUUCUAUACUUACUUGCUAUCUUCAUUUUGAAGUUUUAAUGAGAGCGUUUUUAAUCGAAAACACGAUAAUAAAAUUUAAAAAUCCCAGUUGUGAAAAGUUCCCUCCUUUGUUAGAAAUAAUUUGUGUGCCAUGGUUUUAGGGUUAAGGCUUCAUAAAAAAUUUGACAAUAUUUUACAUUUCUGGAACAGUUUGAAUCUCAAACAAAAUCUGUCUUCUCUGCGACUAGCAUUCUUUGUUGUUGUUUCAUUAAUUAUAAUUCAUAAUUAACUUCAAUCAUGUUGUCGAUGAAUUUAACAUUUCAACACAAAAUGGGAGCCAUUUUGUGUGUCUAUUUAAAUCCGUAUCUAAAGUAUAUAAGAUAUAAAAUUAAUUAAUAUACAUUAAUUAUUAUAUUAACGUUUCAGAAGAUUUAUUAGCCAACAUAAAUUUGAGGUAAAGAAGUAGGAUUACUAUAAAAGUUUAAUAUUAUGUGGUAUCGUAAGGGGGUAGUUGACGUGUCGAAAAUUAUAUCUAAUUAAACGUACUUAACUUAGAGAUGGAGUAGAGACCUGCCGCUUGAGCUGCAGAGCGCCGCUUUAUACGGAUCAUUUGGGUAUUUGAGUUUAGGAGACAUUUUUAUUGCAAAGGGGCCAUAAAAAUGUAAAUUUUUUAUCAAUAAAAAACAAGCACAUUUUAUAGCGCUGACGUUAGCAAGUUCAGAAAUGUGGUAACACUAGAUCUAGUAAUAAGUUACAUGCACUAGCAACAUUAUUAGAUGUUGUUAGAAUAAAAAAUCUACUAUGUAUUAGUCAUUUAUAAAAUCGAUUACAAUUUGCGAAGUUUUAACAUGGGACUAAGUUCACAGCAUCAAGUAUAACGCUAAGUACGUUUGAAAAUUUUCUCAGUAAAAUAUUUUCGUAAUGAUUUAUGUGCAAUCUAUUUUUAUAGGCUGACUAAUUUACAAUAUCUGUCUAUUUGUGUAAUGCAAUGGUCAAUCGUGAUUUUCACGUGAUAUCAUUUCUAUAUUAUGGAUUUUGUAUAAAUAGUUCAUACUCAAUUGUUUAUAUUUAUUAAUUUUGUAAAUUAACUUUUAAGGUAAAAUCGUAAUUUAUUGCUCUAGAGUCUGAGAGUACCGUGUGCUUACAACGUGAGAUUUCGAGUGAUUGUAGUUAGUUUCUGAUUGAUUUAAAAUACAUAUUUUAAUGUUUAUAAUUAGUAGUAAACAGUGGAUAUAAAAAAGAAAAUAAGAAAAAAGAGCUCAAUCGUAUUGAUUUUUGAGAAAUUUAUUGAUUUAAUGGGUCUCGACAUGUUUAUUGUUAGCAACACCAACCAGCGUGUUUGGCUUGUCUCAUCACUGCCGAUAUUUUAACAUUAACAAUAGAUUAUUAUUGUUAGUAAGUCCUUUGAUAAACCUAUACUAUUUCUAACUUGUUCAAUUUUGUAGGUGAUAUUUAAUGUGUACCUUGAUGUUUGGAACAAAUGUACCGAUGUUUGUAACUCUAGGUUUUAACAUUAUUAUCAUACCUAUGUGGAUACUCGAUCAGUGUUAUAUAGAUACCAAAAAUUUGGAAAUUCUACUUUAAAAUAUAUAAUUAAUAUAUGUAAAUGUCUAUUUGAAUAAAUUAAAUAAUACUUAUACGUGA